AUGGCCUCGGACAUCUUUCAAAAAGAUAUUCUUCUAUCAGUGCCAUGUUGCAUUGAAAGUUUUGAUCUUGACCAACGAAGCCGUUCAGGUAGUACGGUGAGUAAUUGCAGCAGCAUCAUCGACGAAGAUUGGGCUCCUUUAACUGGACGAAGCAGUGAAACGGAAAAGAAUGAAACACUAUCUUCGACAAUGGAUGCUGAUAUCAUCGCUCAAGUUUACUCUAAUAUUGUUCAAGUACCAUGGCAAGAUGAACUCGCGAUAGGUUGUAAUCAGAACGAAAAUUUACAUAUUUGCCUUGGAAUUAGUCCUAGUCAAUUUCGACGACUCUUACCGUCGAAACGUGAUGCUGCUCAAACAUUUCCUCGUGUAGCCAUCUUGUACGCGUAUAUGGCUCUCAAAUAUACACUGGAACAAAUCAACCAAACAAAAACGAAUGACUCUUCCAAGUCUCUCGUUGUACUUAUUGUUGAUGCCAUUCAGAAGUAUAAUUUUGCAGUAUUCAACAAUAAGCUGUUGAGUACUGGUACUGCUUUAAAAUACGCCCUAGAAGAAGGAGAUCGGCUGGCUGAUGUGUUCGAACAGGCGCGGCGGCAACUAGAACCUGAACUUGCUCAAUGCGUCACUGUCAUUCGCUGGCAUGACAUCUGUACGGAUAAAUACAAAGAAUAUGUUGAGAUAUUUCGUCGACAUACAAUGGACAAUGAACAAUUCGCUGAACUCGUCGAGGAUGUGGUAAAAAUCUUUAUUAAAGUACGCAAACCAACUAAUCAUUUCACUGCCGAACAACAUUUAACCCUCCAAGAGUACGUUUUCAACGAACUACCUGCUUUAACACAAGGUAUUGUGUAUGACAAUCAUCAUUAUCGAAUCAUUGCACAUCCGGUUUUGUCAUCCGAUGAUAAAAAAAAUGAUGAUCAAAGAAAUGUGAUGCUUCGUCUUCUGAACUAUAUUCGAAAUUCUACUGAACUUGCUCAAAAUUUAGAUCUAAUCGAAAAAGUACAUAUGUGCGAUGUCUAUGAUAUCGUUAUGCCUGCUUUUAAGCCGUUUAAUCUAUACACUAAGUGA